UUGGUUUAGUUGUGUUGUGGACAAACAAGAAAGCAUUAAAACGAGAAAGUCUUUUAAAUCAAACAAAAUUAAAAUUACCAUAGGUUUAAACACUUAGUAUUAACUGCUUUGGAAAUAUAUAUAAGGAAAUAUUUACUCAUGCAAUUAUUAAACCGUUUAAAAACUUUUUGUAUAACACAAAAAAGUAUUUUUCUAAAUAUCGGUUCUAUAAUUGAUUAUAAAGUGUCGCUGUAUUCAUUCUCGUGGUCUUGCAGUGCCUGUUGAAGUGCUUAAUAUUCUACAAAAAGUUGCCGGUGUUUGUAAAAUAAUCUGCUGACAUGGCAAGAAAUGCAGAGAAAGCUAUGACCACCCUGGCCCGAUGGCGAGCGGCCCAAGUGCAAGAGGCGGGCGGGCAGCGCGAGCGGAGGCCUUACCUCGCGUCGGAGUGCAACGACCUGCCGCAGGCUGAGAAGUGGAGGUUGCAGAUAGUGAGGGAAAUCGCCAAGAAGGUCGCACAAAUACAGAAUGAAAUGGAUAGUGAAGCAAAGUCCCCUUCAAUUGUGAGCGGAAAUAGAAACGAGGAACCGGUAUCAUCAAUAAGAUCUCCAUCGUUAAGAUCGGCGCACGCGUCACCGGGCAGUCCACUCCAGUCCACCAGUCGCACGAGUCCCGGCAAAACAUCUUUGAAAAGUGACAAAAUGUCCAUAAGCUCACGUCAGAAGAGUCAAGAAAUGAGCCAUAUUGGCUCACUGAGCAAACAACUGAGCGACCACGUCGACGAACUUACCAGUUCAGUUAAUAUGCUGACGAAAGACGGCAGCCCACAGUCUCCGGUCCUCGGGAGAAAUAUAGAGAAAAUUGCAACCAUGGGUGAAAUACUCACUAACGAAGCGAACGCUUUGAGAACCUCAAUCAAGAGUUUGUCAGACGAUAUCGCCAAAACCAAAAUGCAAAUGAAUUGCUGCGAUAAGACGGAAGAUGUUAACUUUCCGUAUCACCUCUUUCUGGUUGAAAUAGUCGUGAACAAGAUUCACAUGAAAUGCGAAUGUUUUGAUGUGGACCUUAACAAUCUAGUUAUAACUGCGACGUUUUUGGGAAAACAACCUAUUGUUUUGUUAGAUUCUUCACUAGGGAAAGUUGAGAAUUUGGCUAAACUUAACGCCGGAAAAUCUACUCUAUUCGCUAUGACAUACGACAAGAUAUGUGCGAUAAAGGAAUUCGAAAUAUUUCUGCAACUGACGAAGCAGCCGCCGUGUUCGUCUUGCGUUACAAAGAUCGCCGAAACCCGUCUGGAUUUUACAUCGGAAUUUGUUAAUUUAAGAGAAGAGUUGUGUAAGAAAUGGACGGAGGAGCAGCCUAAUGACAAUAUUCUUUGCACGACUUCUACUCCGCUCACGAAGAAUUUGUAUUACCUAUCUUGUGGGAGUAACAGUAGUGGGGAAUCGAUUGGAGUCAUCGAGGUUACUGUGCGGAUGUCGUUUCUGGGGAAAGAGAUCACGACUGCUUUCUGCGCCGCGCCUAAGACGCACGGCGCUUCGUUCUUGCUGAAGCAGGAUAACGGGAUGGCCAUGUACUCUUGCCAGAAGGUAGAGAUGGACGACAUGGGCAAGGUCCUGUUGGACGAGGAUGUGAUGAGCAAGAAGCGGAAGCCCCAUCAGGCACGGAGGUGCGACAGCCCGGAGUCUCAGCUGUCCAGUGUCAUGUCUUCUAAAUCCUGUGACCCGCAAUCUCCAUACGCUAGUUACGCGUACCCAAAACCGAAGUACGAUGAAAUCUUCACGAAGGUGAACGCGAACGAACUGAAAAUAAGAGUUCCGAAGACCAGCAAAGUGGAGAGAGUCGGCAAGUAUGAGAGGAUACAAGAACUCUGCUCGUGCGAGAGCACUCCCCACAACAACAACGGAGAACAAAUACAGUUCGAGAUGCCGGCCGACUGUAAAAACAAUACGUACUCUUCCAACUUGAAAUAUACUUACAAAGGUUGCGACAAAACACCAGAUAGAUACGCAAAAGAAAAGGUUAUAAAUGUUACACCUAGUAAUUGUCCCGUGCCAGUAAAUUGUGAGAAAAUCUUGCAUCCGCUGAAAGACGUGUUCAUUUUGAAGAUUGGUAAAAAAAUGGAGACAAGUGAUAAGAAGACUGAUUUGGAGAUUGAGCUAGUGACGCCUAAAGCUAUUCAGGAGAAGACUGUUGAUAACAGCAACACGGCACAGCAGUGCAGUUCAUUGGAUUUGAAGAAACUUUCUAAGACUUCUAAGAAGGGAAAAGGGAAGAAGAAUGAGAAGAAAGGAAAGGGCACCGGUCUCGGCGAAUUCAGAAUUCGCGACCUAAACGAUGAGAUCAACAAGCUGAUGCGUGAGAAACGCCACUGGGAGGUCCAGAUCAAAGCCCUGGGAGGGCCGGACCAUGCCCGGGUGGGGCCCAAGAUGCUGGACCAAGACGGCAAGGAAGUACCCGGGAACAGGGGGUAUAAGUACUUUGGAGCCGCUAAAGAUUUGCCAGGUGUUCGCGAGUUAUUCUCGCAGGAGCCGCCGCCCCCGCCGCGGCGCACGCGCGCCGAUCUGAUGCGAGACGUAGACGCCGACUAUUACGGGUACAGGGACGACGACGACGGGCUGUUGUUGCCGCUCGAGCAGCAAGCCGAAAAAGAGGCGAUAGCCCGCGCCGUUGAUGAGUGGAAGAGGAACAAGGAACAGAAUAAGAACCAAGAUUUGCCCGAGGAGGAGAACAUAUAUCCUGAAGAUCCUGACGACAAGAGAAUAGAAGACGACGAGGCAGAAGUAAGCAGAAGCACUUCGCACGUGGCUGUGCCGUCGCAGAAGGACAUAGAGGAAGCGUUGCUGCGGCGGAAGAAACAGGAGCUGCUGGAGAAAUACGGCUGUCUCGAUGUCAAGCUGGAGGGCAGCUGACCGAGGGAGAUGAAUAGUUAAUAAAGUUAUUUAU